UAAGGCUCUGCCCCGUGGUCAGGAAGACAAUAAAAUGAUGACGAGGAGGAUUACAUACAGAACUCGAUCGAUGUCAAGCUUUCCCGAUUCUUGCCCAAUCAGAACUCAACAGGGUUGCCAUACCAAACCUGCCCUGAACUAGCGCAGGAGUUUAAAUUCCUUCCACCUUCACCCCCGUCACAUCCAUGCCUCCGAGGACCAUAAUUCGUAAAGAAGAGUGGGAGCGACGUCUACGCGAGGUUCAGGUGACAAAAGAUGACUUGAAUCGACUUAUUAUGGACUACCUCGUUAUCGAGGGAUACAAGUCUGCGGCAGAGGAGUUCAGCGAUGAAGCCGAUGUUCCACCACCUGUAGACUUUGAGAGUAUCGAGAGUCGAAUGGUGAUUCGAGAAGCACUGCAACGGGGCGAUAUCGAGGAAGCUAUUUCCCGCAUGAAUGAUCUCAAUCCAGAGAUCUUGGAUACAAACCCUGCACUGUACUUUCACCUUCAGCAACAGAAGCUAAUUGAAUACAUUCGUGAUGGGCGUAUCACGGAGGCGUUGCAGUUUGCCCAAGAUGAGCUCGCGCCAAGAGGUGAAGAAAGUCCGGAGUUUCUUGCGGAGCUGGAACGUACGAUGGCGCUUUUGGCGUUCAACUCUUCAUCCUCGGCCCCUCCAACUAUCUCCGAACUUCUUUCACCUGCACAACGCAUGAAAACUGCGGGAGAGGUUAACGCAGCUAUUCUUGAAAGUCUCAGCCAGGGAAAGGAGGUGAAGUUGGAACAGUUGCUGAAACUUAUGUGUUGGGGUGAGGGGAUGUUGGCUGAACGUGCUGAUUUUCCCAAGAUUGAUCUUCAAGAGGGACUCAUAGCGACGGGGAGAAAAGAAGGGACAGCAGUAGAUGAUUCAAAUAUGCGAGAAUAACGGACAGUACAUGUGUAUUAUUACCAUAACAUGGAGUGUAGCAGACGGCCAACUUGCAUCAGAUGAAUUUGCUCUUGUCUUGAUGGAAAAGCGUGUUUAGGAUGGGCGCAC